UCGCUCGUGGGCAUCGUGGGUCCCACUUGUUCUCACCAACUUCAAAAACAUAAAAGCCCCCCUUCUCUUUUUCUCUGCUUCCUCCUCUGUUUGAAUGGUUCUGCUUUGCAGGGUUUCUGCUCGUUUCUGUGUUAACCCAGAACGAAGCUCUGUUUCUUGGGGGACUGAAGGGAAAGGACAAACUGCAAAUUGAGAUCUGCAAAAAUUUCAAAUCAGUGAUGUGGCCAAAAGGUGGCAAAAUUGCAAAGGCCUGUCGGGCAAUGAAAGAAUUUGGCAUUGCUGAAGUCCAAACAAAGGCUGCGCUGAAGCAACUUCUGGAAGUGUAUGAAAAUAACUGGGAUUUCAUUGAAGCUGAUGAUUACAAAGAACUCUUUAAUUUUAUUGUACCAGAUAACAAGAAGCCAAAUGAAGAGAGAGUGCAGCCCAAGGUAAAAGGUGCUUUGAUGCGUGAAUCAAAGAGAGUGAAUUCUAAGAACAAACUAGCUCCAUCAUAUGAUACAACUGAAGUUAUUGAGCGUCCAACCAAGAGAUAUUGCACCAGGCAACAGAAAAAUCAGCCAUUAUCUCGUACCAAAUACUCUGAAUCAAGCUUGAGAAGAACUCCACCAGAAUGUAUGCAUAUUAAGUUUGAUGAAGAAUCUGAGGAAUCUGAGGAGUGGCAGCCAUUAGUGAGAAAACCUCGACAAAGGCACACAAAUCCGCAAGAAAUUUGGGUUGCGGAUAAUAAGGUUGGUCCUGUGCCUGAUGACUGUCCAGAACUUGAUAUAAGUCCGAAUCUUAUAUGUGAAGGUAACUUCUCAGAUUCUGAUGGUUGUGAUGUUGGUGAAGAUGUGAUGAAGUACCUGCAACUGAAAUCUAAGAACAAACAACCUCCAUCAUAUGAUACACCUGAAGUCAUUGAGUGGCAAACCAAGAGAUUUUGCACCAGGCAACAGAAAAAUCAGCCAUCAUCUCUUACCAAAUACUCUGAAUCAAGCUUGAGAAAAACUCCGGGAAAAAUGCAUGUGAAGUUUGAUGAAGAAUCUGAGGACUCGCAGCCAUUAGUGAGAAAACCUCGACAAAGACACAUAAAUCCACAAGAAGUUUGGGUCACGAGGAAUAACAUUGAUCAUGUGCUUGAUGACUGUCCAGAACUUGAAAUAGGUCCCAGUCUUGUAUGUGAAUGUAACUUCACAAAUUCUGAUGGUUGUGAUGUUGGUGAAGAUGUGGUGAAGUACCUGCCAGUGGAAUUAUUGAAUGAGAGCAAUAGUGUGAGUGUCUCAGAUGGGUCUCAGACUGAUGUUGCAUCUUCUUCCCCACUGAAAAAUCCUUUGCUUUCUAGCUCUUCGCAAAAGUCUGGUUUUGAUCUUCCUAACGGUGAAGUAUCCCAAGAAAUGAUGGAAGAGAAAUGCAUAAUAUCAUAUAGGACUGGAGAAUGCUGCUCCAUGGCGAUAGUGACUAAUGUCACUGAGAAUAUGCCAGAAUUUAUAACUUCUAAUGAACAAGAUCAAGGCAGUAAGUGCAGUGGUCUGGGUUCUUUUAACGAGCUAUUUGUUGAUCAGAACCUUAUCGAGCCUAUACGUAUGCCUAAUUAUAGAGCAUUGGGUAGUUUUGAAGGUCUUCGCAGCUUAAUUGGUAUUAAAGUUAAGGAUAUGGAGAACAUCUGUGGGGAAAGUGCAAAGAGAUCAAGGGUUUCCAAAGGUCAAAAAACAUCACAAUUAUGCAAGGUGGAAGCUGGGCAUAACUACCAUUCUUCACUUAGAGUUACAGAGUCUGCAUUUAACAUUGAUGACAUAACGAGAGGUGAGGAAAGAUUUAAGAUUUCCUUGGAAAAUGGAAGAAAUGCCGAGUUGCCAACCUUUUCUUACAUCGCGCAGAAUUUAAUUUAUAAUAAGGCCUCUGUGACAUUUGCACUUGCUAAUAUAUCCGAUGAGGAUUGCUGUUCAAAAUGUUAUGGGGACUGUCUUACAUCAUCAAUUCCUUGUCUUUGUGUGAUUGCCAAUGGGGGUGAAUGUGCUUACACGCCAGGAGGAUUGGUCAAGGAGAAGUUUCUGGAAGAAUGUAUAUCUAUGAAGCGUGAGCCUGAAAAGCACCCAUACUUCUACUGUAAAAAGUGCCCACUAGUAAGGUUAGAGAAUGCGAAGAGUUCUGUGGCAUGCAAGGGACAUUUGUUACGGAGGUUUAUAAAGGAAUGCUGGUAUAAAUGCGGUUGUAACAGGAGCUGUGGAAACCGGAUUGUACAGAAAGGCAUUGCUGUGAAAUUGCAGGUAUUUUUGACACCCGAAGGGAAAGGGUGGGGUCUAAGAACACUGGAGGCAUUGCCAAGAGGGGCUUUUGUUUGUGAAUAUGUUGGAGAGAUAGUAACCAUCGACGAACUACAUGAGCGAAGUGUGCUGAGUAUUGGUAAAGAGCAUACCUACCCAGUACUACUAGAUGCAGACUGGGGUUCACAGGAUGUGUUGAAAGAUGAAAAGGCUCUUUGCUUGGACACUACAGUCUACGGAAAUGUUGCAAGAUUCAUUAACCACAGAUGUUCUGAUGCUACAUUGGUCGAGAUCCCAGUUGAAGUGGAGACCCCAGAUCGUCACUAUUAUCAUGUUGCCCUUUUCACAACAAGGGAUGUAGGUGCUAUGGAGGAGCUCACUUGGGACUAUGGCAUUUCCUUUCAUGACCGUAAUUAUCCUGUGAAGCAUUUCCGAUGUCUCUGUGGAAGUCCAUUAUGUCGUGACCGCAAAGAUAUAAAACGCAAAAUUACAUAUGUCCGACGACGGCGUAAGGACGGGAGGGGUAACAACAAGGAUGGUUUGCUUGAUCACUUGGCAAAGGAUCUUGCUACGGGUACACUGAGAGAGGAAAUACAAGUAGAACCUGAUUCAUUGAUGCAGCUUGACGUUGUCCCGUCUACAGGUGCAUUGAGGGAGGAGAUACAAGUAGCACCGCAUGAAUCCAGGCUGCUCGAGAUUGUCCCAUCUACAGGUGCACCGAAAGUGGAGAUACAAGUCGCUCCCGAUCCAUGCAUGCAGCUUCAGGUUAUCCCUUCUACUCCUAGAAUUGAAUCCAGGAAGGCAAUGCACUGUUUAAAUUGGGAGCCAGUUAGGGAUAGCUGCUCCUCUUCUUCCACUAUGUAUCUGGCCAAGGAGGUAGCAGACUUGCGGGCUCAGCUUGAGGCUGAGAAGGCAGCUCGAGAGAAGGACCAGAUAAACUUUGAGGCUCAUCGUGCUCAAUUUCAGGCAGUGAUGCAGCAACUAUCUACCCUUCUCCCUGGGUUUCAGGUACCACAAGCUUCUGUUCAGAUGCAGCUCGAGUAGAAUGUUGAUGGUGGGUCACAUGUCAUUAGGCUAGUUUCUAGAUGACAUAUUAUUGUGCAUGCGCGUAUGUAUGUUGUAUGUUUAGUCAACUUUUGUGCAGUGGAGCGGGGCAACAUAUAUUUUGUUAUGGGAAGUGAGAAGCAUUGGGAUGGUUUUUUUGUACUAUGUAUUGCACCUGCAUUAUUUUGGCACUAAUAUAUAUCACUGAUUAGGGGAGUACUGGAACCAAUCUUUUGGACAUGUAUUGUGUGUUGGACCCUAGCAUAUAUUAUGGUACUUGUUGGACUAUGA